AUGGGCUUUGAUGUUAAAUGGGUUCAGCUUGUUAUGACAUGUGUGACCUCGGUGCAGUAUGCUGUUUUGAUUAAUGGUACUUCGGGGAAACCUUUUAUCCCUUCACGGGGAAUCCGCCAGGGCGACCUGAUUUCUCCCUACUUAUUCCUACUUUGUGCUAAGGUGCUCAGUUCCUUACUUUCACAGGCAGAGAAAAAGGGAAUUAUUUCAGAAACACUUGCCAAGAUAGAAGAGCUGAAAUCCUUAGUCUCUCAGAAAGAGGAAAAGGUCAAACCUCUCAAGUUGAGAAGGGCACUGAUGUUUGGCGCUCUUUGGAACCUCCAAGUCCCAAACCCGGUUAAAAUAUUUUUGUGGCGUGCUUGCAAUGAUAUCCUCCCUACUAGGAAGAAUCUUCUUAGACGAAGGGUGAUUGAAGAUGGCAAAUGUCCUUGGUGUAAUCUAGAAGAGGAAACUACAACCCAUGCAAUUUGGUACUGCCCAGCAGCCAAGGAUGUGUGGAAUGGUGCUAUUGAACAUCCAAACAAGACUCAUGCAGUUGCUAUUGGUGUGGUGGAUGAUUUCAAACGAUGCCUCAAAAGUGAUGAAGAUGCAAAUCAGCUUGACCAGUUUGAUGUUCAGGUCCCUCAUUGCUGGAAGACACCACCGGAAGGCAUUAUCAAAGUUAAUUUUGAUGCGGCUAUCAACAAGAAAACAGGUUUCAUGGGAAUGGGCGUGAUUGCUAGGGACUACAUGGGAAACCUGUUGGGAGCAAAACGAUUGUCUAAAUCUAUGCUUAUUGAUGCCCACACUGCAGAAUUAAUGGUAGCUUCUUAUGCUGUCACUUUUAGCUUGGAAGUUGGCUUUUUUGAUGUAAUCUUUGAAGGAGAUGCUUUGAAUGUCAUAAGGGAUGUGAAUUCUUCUCUCCCUUACCUUUCUAGAAGUGGCCAUUUUAUUGAAGGAAUUAAGCAGGAAGUGCUUCAUCUCAGAUCCCAUUCUUUUGUUCAUGUGUCUAGAGCCUUAAAUAAGGCAGCUCAUACUCUUGCAAAAUCAGCAGCUGCUUAUUUUUGUGAUGAUGUUUGGUUAGAAGACAUUCCUCCAUGUAUCUUUGAUAUUGUUACUAAGGAUCAAAGAAUUCCUAGAUCCUAA